UCCGCGCGGGCGCCCCACGCGGUGACAGCUCAAGGUCCUGACGCCACAACGCAUCUCCAGGCAGCCCGCCCCCUCGCAACAUCCGUCACCUGACCCUGCCAUAUCAGGAACCGCCGCGGUCCCGCUCGCGUCCCUGCUUGCCUGUCCCCCUUCCUUUAUUAUUCGCGCCCUUCGCCGAGGGUCCUCCAUUUUUCCAAACCGGAUUAUUUAAAAGAGAAAAAGAAAGAAAGAAAGGGGGGGGGAAAAAAAAAAAGCAAAGUCAUCUCGUAGCUCUAUCCUCCAUUCAGGAGGCUGGAUGUUAUUUUUGAAAGAAAUGGCGCUAUGUUCCACUUCUAGAUUUGGGAAAUGAGUGAAAUUAAAGGAAACUGCUGCGACAUAUGGACACUGCGUGGCGCUGGCGCCGCUGGAGCGGCGGGCCCGGGGCCGGACCAGGUAGGCGGAGCCGAACCCCAACCCCUGUUGGGUCCGGGAGCCCUUUCCCCUCCCUGUUCCCGGCGUUGCGGAGGGCUCUGGGCUAGGCCGACAGUCCAUUCACCAGAAUUUUUAUUUUCGCUUUUAACCUCCGGCGCAGCGAAGCAUCUGAACGCUUCUUCCUCUUUCCUCCGCCCGUGGUGCUCCCCUCCCCCACCAGCUGCUAUUCGCUCUCCGCGAGGCCCGGCGUCCACUGGUCGUUCCGCCCGCGGCGGCCCGCAGCCGCCGCCUCCUCCUCCCGCCCGGCUCUCCGACACCCUUCCCUCUUUCCGCCUGACUCCUCAGCGUGGUCCCUCUCCUCUGUCCUCUCCUCCUCGUUUCUUCCACAUCACUGUUCCUUUCUUUCUGGACACCCACCCUGCUCCUCGCGCCGCUGUGGUCCUCUCUGCACAGGAAAAGCAGGGGAAGGAAAGGAAAGAGCCGCAUAAAGCAGGGGUGAGUCGAGGACACCGCGGCGGCCUGAGGACACGGAGGAGCCGGGUUCCAGAGCGCUGUCUGACGGGUCCCAGCUCUCUGGCUGGAUGGAGCUCUGACCCGGGCUCGCCUGCUCCCCGAAGGCGGGUGGUCGAGCCCAGGCCGCCGCUUUCAGGCGGACGGCGCUGACCCGAUGCUCCAGCGUCCCAGGCCUGAAGUCAGUCUCGAUCGGCUGAGAGCCUCGUGGGCUGGAGGCGCGGCCUGGCCGACCAGGCAUGUAAGAGAGGAUGUGGGACUAGGCCCAAUCUUCGGAACCUGAAAGGUGGCUCACCUCGAAGUGGCUUCUUUUAUAUGUGCCCGGACCUAGUGGUUGAGCUGCAGAAGUGGAUCCGCAGCGUGAGAACCGACAGGUCCAAAGGAUCUGAGCCCCUCACUGUCUGGAGAAGGCAAGUGAGGCUUGGAUGGUGCAAUCACCGUACUGUAACUGAGAGGCCAGUUCCAGCGGCAGGCUGCUUCCACUCCCCACCCCUCACCUUGGCACAGGAUGUAACCGCCUAACGGGCCGGUUAAAGUGAGACUUAGGGACCAGGCUUAAAUAGCCACUCAUUUUUACACACAUCUUUUACAAACCUACCUCUCCCCUCUCCUGCAGGACUCCCUCAGAAUUUACCAAACGUCGGGCUCCACACUGAGGCUGCUUGCCACUCCUCUGCGACAGAAUAAAAGGGCUUUUUCUGCUCUUCACAAGGCUAGCUCUUUCUCCUUCAGUGACUCUGAGUGACAUGAGAGAAAUGCAAAAUGCAAAAGAAAAAAAAUCAGAGCGAAACUUUGGGAAAUAUCCCGAGAUAAUUUACUGGGUAAGUGCAUCCAUCUUCUAAAAGACAUUUGUAAUAUUUCAGUUUGACCCCGUAGACACUCUAUUAAAGGAAACAAAAUUUAAGUAAUAAACAGGUG